AUGGAAAACCCCCACGAGCAACAGCAAACCCUUCUCCUCUCUCGAAUUAUCGAGAACGUACAAAAACUGAAUGAAGCUGUCAUGGAAAUGAACCAACGGCUACAGGCGGCCAAUAUCCAGACAAUGGACGUUGAGCUGGUGGCACAGAUGUUCAAAAACUACCAGUCAAAUGUUCUAUUCCACUUGGAAGGUAUGCUUCAGAUCUUGGAUGGUGAGGCUAUUUGGCUAACUUGGAUAGCCACGGAGAACUUGCAGGAGCCGUCGUGA